UCUUGGUAUAUGGUAUAAGAUGUUGAUCUAUACGUCGUUUUUACCAUACUGUUUUUUUUUCUUUUUUCAGUUUUCCUGGCAAUUUUUGUCAAAUAAUGAAUUCUAGUCCCCAAAGUUGAGUUUUUGUGUUUUGUCAAAGACAAGAUUUCUGUGAUCAUUUACUAAUGAGUCUUGUGUACCUAAUCUAUUCCAGAUACACCAUUCUAUUUCCUACCUGUUAAGGACCACAUCUAAGUGCGAAAUCCAGAAAGCAUGUAAAGGGUCAAAGGGGACUGCACCAUUAAGGGGAAUAAUGUAUUUGUUGCCUUGGACUUGAAAUAAUCGGCACCCUGUUACAUUAAAGAGAAGGCCAAGAACUGAUGUGGGAAAUAUGGACCUAAUGAAUGGGCAGUUGAGCAACAUUAACAUUGCAGCUACUGCUUCAGAGAAAAGUAGCAGUUCUGAAUCAUUAAGUGACAAAGGCUCUGAAUUGAAGAAGAGUUUUGAUGCUGUAGUAUUUGAUGUCCUUAAGGUUACACCAGAAGAAUAUGCGGGUCAGAUAACAUUAAUGGAUGUCCCAGUAUUUAAAGCUAUUCAACCGGAUGAGCUUUCAAGUUGUGGAUGGAAUAAAAAAGAGAAGUACAGUUCUGCACCAAAUGCAGUUGCCUUCACAAGAAGAUUUAAUCAUGUAAGCUUUUGGGUAGUUCGAGAGAUCCUUCAUGCACAGACAUUGAAAAUCAGAGCGGAAGUUUUGAGUCAUUACAUUAAAACUGCGAAGAAAUUAUAUGAAUUAAAUAACCUCCAUGCACUUAUGGCAGUGGUGUCUGGUUUACAAAGUGCCCCCAUCUUCAGACUAACUAAAACAUGGGCAUUAUUGAGUCGAAAAGAUAAAACUACUUUUGAAAAAUUGGAAUAUGUUAUGAGUAAAGAAGAUAAUUACAAAAGACUUAGAGACUAUAUUAGUAGCUUGAAGAUGACACCUUGCAUUCCAUAUUUAGGCAUUUAUCUAUCAGAUCUGACAUAUAUUGAUUCUGCAUAUCCAUCAACUGGCAGCAUUCUAGAAAAUGAGCAGAGAUCAAAUUUAAUGAAUAACAUCCUUCGAAUAAUCUCUGAUUUACAGCAGUCUUGUGAAUAUGAUAUCCCCAUGUUGCCUCAUGUCCAGAAAUAUCUGAAUUCCGUUCAGUAUAUAGAAGAACUCCAAAAAUUUGUGGAAGAUGAUAAUUACAAGCUUUCAUUAAAGAUCGAGCCAGGAACAAGCACACCACGUUCUGCUGCUUCGAGAGAAGACUUAGUAGGUCCAGAAGUAGGAGCAUCUCCACAAGGUGGAAGAAAAAACAUAACAGCAGAAGGAGCCUUGCUACCACAAACACCUCCAUCACCUAGGAAUCUGAUACCACAUGGACACAGGAAGUGCCAUAGCCUUGGUUAUAAUUUCAUUCAUAAAAUGAACACAGCAGAAUUUAAGAGUGCAACAUUCCCCAAUGCAGGGCCAAGACAUCUACUGGAUGACAGUGUCAUGGAGCCCCAUGCACCAUCCCGAGGACAGGCUGAAAGCUCUACUUUGUCUAGUGGAAUUUCAAUAGGUAGCAGUGAUGGGUCUGAGCUUAGUGAAGAGACCUCAUGGCCUGCCUUUGAAAGGAACAGAUUAUACCAUUCUCUCGGUCCGGUGACAAGAGUGGCACGAAAUGGCUAUCGGGGCCACAUGAAGGCCAGCAGUUCUGCAGAGUCAGAAGAUUUGGCUGUACAUCUCUAUCCAGGAGCAGUUACUAUUCAAGGUGUUCUCAGGAGGAAAACUGUUUUAAAAGAAGGCAAAAAGCCUACGGUAGCAUCUUGGACAAAAUAUUGGGCAGCUCUGUGUGGGACGCAACUUUUUUACUAUGCUGCCAAGUCUCUAAAAGCUACAGAGAGAAAGCAUUUUAAAUCUACAUCAAAUAAGAAUGUAUCUGUGGUAGGAUGGAUGGUGAUGAUGGCUGAUGAUCCUGAACACCCAGAUCUCUUCUUGCUGACAGACUCUGAAAAAGGAAACUCAUACAAGUUUCAAGCUGGUAAUAGAAUGAAUGCAAUGCUGUGGUUUAAACAUUUGAGUGCAGCCUGCCAAAGCAACAGACAACAGGUUCCUACCAACUUGAUGACUUUUGAAUAAAAAGGUAAAAACCUAAAAAAGAAGACAGAUGAACUGUGGCUCACGUGUGUAGAGUAAGGACCUGAUGGACGGGUGCCAGCUGUACAAAUCGGUACCAGGACAGAGACUGUGAGCUCAGCCUCUAGACUUUGGAGAACUGAACAAAACAAAAAAGCACUAAUUUCAGGGAAUGGACUCACAAUGAGUGAUAUUCCCAAAGUGAAAAAUUGGAAUUGCAACAUGAACUGCCAUGGACCAUGCUUCUUUUCUCUGAACUGACCUGUGGAAACCACUGCCUUAAAGAGUGAAAGGAAAAACAACAUGAAACACCAAAUAGUGUGUGUGAGACUUCUGGCGGUGCUGUGCUUAGGGUAGAUGUAGUUAGUUUGCAUUUCUUUUAACUUUCUACUAAUUUUGGAAGGGGGGGGGGAGAAUCACAUUUUUUAGACGUUCUUUAAAGAAAAAAGUAAAACAUUUCUUAAGGCUUACAUUAGGAGCUGGGUUUGAACUGUGGAUAUGAAGAACUUUUCACAUUCUAGGGAUUUUACCAGCAAUCCACUUUAAGAGCUUCUCUCAUAUUCCAUUCGUCUGUAGCCCCACACUCUCAGACCAAGAGUGGAAGAACUGUAAUUGUAAUAAUGUGAUUGGGGGGGGGGGGGUUGUUGUUGUCGAUGUUUUUAUUGUUGUUUUAAACACUAAACUUGCAAUUCUUAGUACUGUAUGGGGAAUAUUAUUUUCUGCAGGAGACACAAAGGCUGAGUAGUCAUACACCAGAUCUUUGAGUGGGGAGGGAGGAGUUGUUUUUAUUGAAAGAUCCAGAAAAGCAUGGAUGCUUCUAAUUGGGGUUAAAAUAUAGUCCCAUUGUCUAAUUGUAUGGACGUUUGCAGCAUUGAAUGACAGGGAGAGAUAGAUAUAGAAAAAAAUUGUAAUUUCCAACUAGACAUCCUACCAAAAGGUGAUUUUUUAUAAUAACCCCCAUUACAUAAUUGAAAGGAUCAUCCAGUUUUCUAGUCACAUGUGAUUUGUGUCAGUAAGGUAUUACAUACUUGAUAAGAUCCGAAUUCAGGAACUUUUCCUUUUAUAGUGUUUAAACGACAAUGUGCCAGAGUUUAUUUUCUUGAAAUUAUUCAUUUUAAUUAUUAUUCAAGAAGAAACUCAGUAGCACAUUGGUUUAAAGUCUUCCCACUGUGUACAUGAUUUUUGGGUCUUUUGGGGGGUUUUUGUGUUGCCUUUUUUUUUUUUUUAAAAAUAAAUUGAACAUGGAUAAAAUAUUUUACCUUAAGAUGGAUGUAGUAAAACAAAUCAUUUUGAAAGGGAACAAUAUAAUAUAUGGAUGAAUUUGAGACAUAGAUUAAAAUCUAGCAAUCUUUCUUCUUAUACAAGUUACCCUUUAUAAGACUUUUUUUUUUUAAAGAAACUUAGUAAAGACCUUUAACAGGAAACCAUAUCCUAUUAGUUAAAUUUUAUAUCUGUGUUUUGAUUUCCAAAUUGUGCUGUCUUCUAUGCAACACUCCAUUUAACUACAAAAAUAUAAAGAGGAGAAUAAUGAUUACAAAAUAGUUAGAAUUCUAUUAUCUCACAACUUCAAAAUGAGCCUUGAACAAAGAUAAUAUUUGGUCAGCUACAUAAUUAUCAUCAAGUAAACUUUUGAAGCCCUCUUGCAUUUUAAAAGUAGCUCAAAUUAAGAUAUAUCACAUGAUAUUUUCUAGGAAUUGAUUUAUAUCUCAACAUUCCUAUUACAAAAUUAGCCUUUUACACAUUUUCUUAGGUGUUAGCUUUUUUUUUUUUUUUUUUUUUUUUUUUAAACCAUAAGUAUUUAGCCCUUGAUCCUGUGAAAUUUUAACUAGGUAAUAUUAAACCCAGAAAUUAAAAAAAAAAAAAGGAUCAAUUAUGGUAAGAAAGGGGAUGUUAUGAUGCAGAAGUCUUUUUAAGUGUUUACUUCUGUGGAUUUCUUUUUGUUUGUGAAAAGGAUGUAGCAGUUAUUUAGUAUGUAUCUGAUAUAAGGCAGUUAGAAACAUCAUUUGAUUUUAGUGUCCAUUAUCUUCUGUUUUUCUUUAUUGUAGGAGACAAUGGUUUUGACUUCAAAAUGUUUUAUUUUGGAAAGUGACAUGAAUUGGAAGAUGGUAAAAGGAGUUGCCUGCAAUUUUUCAAUUCAUGCAUCCCCCAAGUUUGACCCAUGUUGGGUACAUAACAAAGACACCAUUUGCAUAGCCAGCAGUAUUACUAUGUAGACUUUGCACAUCUUUAAUUUUGUCUUUCAUGUUUAAAAGUUCCUUAAUGUAUUUUGUUUUCACAAAUAAGUGUUUUUGACCAUGUGUGUACUUUAAAAAAGUGAGACAGUAUAGAUGAGAUUGCUGUGGAUGUAUAUAUAUAUUUAUAUAUAUAUAUAUAUAUAUAUAUGUAUAUAUAUAGAUAUAUAUGCUAAUGUUGCAGGCUAACCAUUCUAUUCUCACAUUAGAGCAAAAAUAUGCAACUGGAAGUCAGAGCCUGACAUCGUAGUUUUGCCAAAGACAGAACCAUAUUGUGUUGGAAGGUGUGUUUGAUGUUUUCAACUCUUUAAUCCACUUAUGCAUAGAAGAAUUGCUGAGAUUUGAUUGUAACAAUUCUACUUGACUCACAGAUAUAUUCACAAUUCUUGAUUUAUCGCUUAACGUCUAAUUGGUCCAUUUCCAGGAAUUUGUCAUUGAUGCCAAAAUUAUCCCAAUUCCAAAUAAUAUCAAUUAAAGCAUUACAGGAACAAUCCAAAAGUUCACUAUUUUUGUUUUAUUGUUGUUCAUUCAAAUGAAUUUAUUAGAAUAGCAAAAGUUCUUGCCAAGUUUCCUAAGUGGUUUGUUUAAAGAUAAGUUUUUUCCCCUGUUUCAUUAAGCCUGCUGUCAUGUCACUUCAAUUUCUGUAUGUUUCAAGUAAGAUCAUAAAUGUGUCCUCUUUUUCCUUCCUGCUCCAAAAAGAAUUUACUUGAGAGGUAAUCUAAACCGAUUUAGGCAAUAAACCAUAGACAUUACAUGUCCCAAAUAGACAUCAGUAAACACUUCAUUUGAGGUACAUGUUUUAAAGUUUUUUCUACAUUGAAGUGUAUUUUUAGUGUAGAAAUAAAACCCCAAUUCUAAAAACUUAGGAACAAAAAUAAAUUUCAUUUUACUUCGAAUUUACAUGUUUGUUACUGAUUCCCAUCUCAUGUUCAAGUCUUACAAUCUGUGUCUUCAGAGUAUUAUUUUUAGAGAAACCUCCAUAUGUGAGGCUUAAGAGAACUGGUCAAACACACCUUCCUUUUCUCCAUUGUAUAAAUAUUAGUUGUGUUGACAAUAUAGAAAGGGAUCCAAACAAUUUUAAAUUUUGAGUAUUUUUCUUCUUAGGCAUGUGCUUCAUUUUUCCAAAACUAUUUCCUGUGGAAAAUGCCAUAUGAUUACUGCACUAUGUACUGUAUGAACUAUGUCGAUAUUUGCUAUAACUACAUGUUCAGUCUACUGAAAGCAAGGAUGAUUAUCGCAGCAUGGUAUUUAUACUGAUUUUUAAUCAUCUUCCAAAAGACUUAUUAGAGGGCCAUAAGAAAUGUUAGAAGACUGGUUGAAAUGCAUUAUAUUUUGGAUCCUUUAAUCAAUAGUCUGUUGAAUCCUAUCUUUGCUGUGCUUCAAGUUUUAUCUGACCAUUUAAGCUUCUUUAAAAAAUUUUUCCUGUCCAAACUAUACUUCAGUUGCUUUUCUUUAAAGAAAAACUCUGUGCUUUACUAUUUAUUGUUGUAAUAGUGAUAGAGGCUAUCAAAAGAAGGGGUCAAAAAAAUCAAUAUAAGACUUGCUUUUUUUUCCCUUUUUGGACAAAAAGAGGCUUUAGUUCUCUUGGUUCCCAGCUAUUUCUUGAAGUACAAUUAAAUUACUAGUGCAGCAUAGCAUCUUGCUCUGAGAAUGAGAUACCAGUUACAACAGUGUUGCCUCUCAGAAGAUCUUUUCUGUUCCAAUAAAAUCUCAGGCUUCAAAGGCCCAAUGAAUAAGGAUCCCUUUUUGCAAAUGGAGAAUUAGAUUAUGUUCCAGUAGAACAUUAAGAUGACUCUUUUAAGUCUAGAUAUGACAAAGCACGUGUUAAUGUCUAUCUAGCUUUUUCAGUGGCAUUUUACUGUGAGUUUUUCUUUUGUUUGGAUGUAUAUUCUUUCUUGGGGGGGGGGAGUCAGAUUAUUUUCAUGAUCAAUGUGAUUUUAUACUGCUUUCUCUAGGUUUCAGAGUGUGAGAACUAGUAUUAAAUCACAUUGUUGAUGAGCUAUUCUCAUGUGAAAUUAGUCUUUAAAAAAUUAUUGCCGCCUUCUGUUUUCCUUUCCCCAAAAAUGGCUUGUGUCUUAGAUGAGAUCCUACAUGAAGGGUUCUAAUAAAAGAAAUAUGUGUAUACAAGACUGAGCUUGUUGAAAGGAUAGAUUCAUGUUGUAAUGUGAGAAAAAUUUGGUCAGUGCCUUAUCAAUUUGAAGACCAAUUCUAGGGCAGAGAGUAUGACAAUAAUCAUUUUUGCAUGCUGACUCUUAUUUUAGGAGUGUGUGCUAUCCCAUUCUCCACCACCAGCUGAACCUUUUUAAGACCAAGAACAUGUGGAAGUAGGUGAUUAUAGGUUAUUAUCAGAAUCCUUCUUAUGGUUUUGAGCCUUUUUAGACAUACUACCUCUCUGUAUGCCCUUCUGUCCUGUACCUUAAACCUUGUCAUUAAACAAAUCCUUUUUAAAACAAAUUUGAGAACUAUCUGAUGUCUUGUUCAGAAAUACUUCUGUCAAUAUAGAGUGAAAGCCUUUCUCAAGAAUUUUGAGAGAGGAUAAAAUGUAAUCAGAGAAAAUGUAUUAAGGGGAAAUCAUUCUAUAGAUGCUAAAAUUUUGAGGUGAGAGGACUAGCUCUUAGUUCAAGAUUAUCUCUAUCAUAAGCCAAAAAUGAGACCAUCUUCUUAUUUAGUCAAUCAUUAGACUGCAAUAACCAGUAAAUGUAGUCAUCUUUAUGUUUGCUUGAAAAUAUAACAGGAAAGCCAGAUAUCAUAAGCAUAGGUUUCCCAGUUUCCUUAUUUAAUAUCUUUUAAGUUUGUUAAAUAUGUCUAAUUUUAUAGUCAUAUAGUGAAAACUAGUUUCAAAAACAAUCUUUCAUCAAAUUUAGCUCAAGCAUUAUUUGAAUUCAGAAAGUUUUUUGUCUCAGAAGUAUAACAUGAAGGGAGGAAAUAAAUGAAAUUAGUUUUUACUAAUGAAAACUAAACACUUGUAAAAGCUUUCUAAAAAAAAAAAAAAACUUCCCAGUUCAUUACAAGAAUUAGAACUACUGUUGAACUAAAUCACUGUGCUAAAAUGUUCCCUUUUUUAAAAGACUUCUGUGACGCAGAACAGGCAUAAUCAACUAUUCAGAGUCUUUGAAAUGAAAUGAAGGGUUAACUAGGUCCUUUGGGGUUAUUAGCAAGAGAAAAAUUUAAAUUUUGAGUUCAACUAUUUGUACUGUGGAAUAGUGGUAGGAUUGUUAGAAUGGAAUAUUGGGAUAUGGCUUUGGCGGAAUGCUUUUCCUGAAUUAAGAGGCCAAAAGCAACAUGACUAUUAGGUGCCCUCUCAGUGCUAGGUAGCCUGUGUUUAAGUUUCCCCUUAUGGUGUGUUUUACUAAUGCUACUCACAAAUAUGAUCCAAUGAUAGUAUUUUAAGCAAGUAAGUUGCAACAUAAUGAAAGAGCGAGGUUCUAGAAUGAUACCUAUUAAUAAAUUACCAGGUUUUCUAGGACCUUUGAGACCUUGAUUAUUGACAAACUCAUUGCUUCAAGACCUUCAAGGUGGGAAGGAGAGAGUAAUACAACUUAAUCUAAUGAGGAUCAAAAUCUGUGGGAAUCAGUAUCCAAG